AAGAAGGAUCUUCUCAGAGGUGGAUUACAAGUGGAGGAGGGGCCAAAACUGAGACAACCCCAGAAGAGCACACUCUGGAGGAAACCCCUGCUUGUUGAAGCUCCUACUAACUUCCUUGCCACUAUGGGGUCCCUAGGGGCCCCCCUCCCAUUCUUCCUGCUGCUGCUGCCUGUCUGCACUUCUCCGCACCCAGCUGUACGCCCUCAUAGCCCUGUCGAUGAGUGCGCGCUGGGAUUGGACAAUUGCCACAUCGACGCCAUAUGCCAAGACACACCCACUUCAUAUAAGUGUAUAUGCAAAGCCGCAUUUAAAGGGGAUGGCACAACAUGUGAAGACAUUGAUGAAUGUGAUAAUGAGUACAAUGGUGACUGUGUUCACGAGUGCACCAACAUCCCCGGGAACUACCGAUGUACGUGCUACGACGGCUUCCAGCUGGCCAAUGACGGACAUAACUGUGGCGAUGUAAACGAGUGCCUGUCCAACAAUGGGGGGUGUCAGCAGACGUGUGUGAACACUUUGGGAAGCUACGAAUGCCGCUGCAAAGAUGGCUUCUUCCUCAGCGACAACCAGCACACGUGUAUUCAUCGCUCUGAAGAGGGUCUGAGCUGCAUGAACAGGGAACACGGCUGCGGCCACAUCUGCCGGGAGACACCGAAAGGAGGAGUAGCGUGCGACUGCCGGCCAGGAUUUGAGCUCGCCAAGAACCAGCGCGAUUGUAUUUUGACGUGUAUCCAUGGUAACGGAGGAUGCCAACACACGUGUAAUGACACCGACUCCGGGCCCGUGUGCAGCUGUCACCCCAAGUACACGCUGCUGGCGGACGGGAAGUCCUGUGCUGAGAAAGAGGAGUUGGAGGGCAAUUCCACGUCCGUGGCUGAGAUGGACAAGCGGGUGAAGCGCAGACUAGUGAUGGGUAAGAGUCGCGAACGGCGUGUCCCUGUCAUUGCAGAUGUGGACGAAUGCCAGAGCAACAACGGCGGAUGCGACCACUUCUGCCGCAAUACCGUGGGGAGCUUCGACUGCAGCUGCCGAGCCGGGUACAAGUUACUGACCGACGAGAGGUCCUGCCAAGAUGUCGAUGAAUGCUCCUUCGAGCGGACGUGUGACCACACCUGCAUCAAUUACCCGGGAUCCUUUGCCUGCACCUGUGACAAGGGCUACACGCUCUACGGGCUGACGCAUUGCCUAGAUAUCAAUGAAUGCAGCAGCAACAAUGGCGGCUGCGAGCACACCUGCGUCAAUACAGUGGGCGAUUAUUACUGCCUGUGCCCCCCGCGCUACAAGUUACACUGGAACCGCAAGGACUGCGUGGAGGUGGAGAGUCUCAUCUCGGACUCGGCUCCCCCCAGAGCUCUUCUGCAGUGUGUGAAGAACGGUGGCAGUGAGAGAUGUUUCAUCAACUGCCAGUCCCUCGUGUACUCCGUUCCUGGACUACAGGAAUCCUAUACUGUCACCUGUGGAAAAUCCAGACACCCCAAACCCAACGAGACCAUCAGUGGAGAUGUCACAACUGUACAGACGAGUAUCACUUUUAAGCUGAAUGACGGCGCUUGCAGAAUGAAGCGGACUGACGCGCACCAGGGACUUGCCCAGAACAAGGUGUCAGAAAAGCAAAACCUCGUCUACGACAGAUUCGACUUCGUAAACAUAACGUGCAAUCGGAGGGCGAGCGGACGCAAGUCAGCUGCUAAGGAGACGGUUAUCACGGCGCAGUUUGAGCUGGAGGCCAAUCAGAAGGAGGUGACAGAGUCGUGCAGUUUCAGCUGCGUAAGGAGGAAAGCGGAAAAGAGGCUGCGGAAGACCAUCAGGACGCUGAGGAAGGCGAUCGGCAAGGACCAUUUUCAUGUCCGGCUGUCCGGGAAGGACUUUGAGGUCACCAAAAAGGUCCCCAGGGCGCCGGAGCUCCCGGAGAUGUGCGGAAGCGGUCAGGUGCGGGUGGACAACAGAUGCGUUAGCUGCCACGCGGGCACGUUCUACGACGGACAGAAGGAGCAGUGCGUUCUAUGCCCCAACGGGACCUAUCAGACCGAAGGAGGGCAGAUCGCGUGUGAGAUCUGCCCGGCUCCCGAGAACAGAGACAGUCCGAAGCACGUGGGGGCCCGAGACCUCUCCGAGUGCGGAGGUCUGUGUCCUCCUGGUGAAUUCUCCAUGGAUGGGUUUCGUCCGUGUGAACCGUGCCCCCUGGGGACCUUCCAGCCUGAAGCUGGGAGGACAUCUUGCUUCUCCUGCGGUGGAGGCCUGACCACCCGGCACAGUGGAGCAUCAACAUUCCAUGACUGCGAAACCAAAGUUCAGUGUUCGCCCGGACACUCCUACAACACCACGACGCACAGAUGCAUCAGGUGUCCGAUGGGGAUGUACCAGCCGGAAUUUGGUCAGAAUUUCUGCAUCUCCUGCCCGGGGAACACCAGCACAGACUUCGACGGAUCCACCAACAUAACCCAGUGCAAAAACAGGCAGUGCGGGGGUGAGCUCGGGGAAUAUACAGGUUACAUAGAAUCGCCAAACUAUCCUGGAAAUUACCCCGCCAACACGGAAUGUACGUGGAACAUAACCCCGCCCCCAAAGAGACGGAUUCUCAUCGUGGUGCCAGAGAUCUUCCUGCCGAUAGAGGAUGAAUGCGGGGAUUAUCUGGUGAUGAGGAAAAGCCCCUCGUCCAACUCCGUCACCACUUAUGAGACUUGUCAGACCUACGAACGUCCCAUCGCCUUCACAUCACGCUCCAAAAAGCUCUGGAUUCAGUUCCGGUCUAAUGAAGGGAACAGCGCCAAAGGCUUCCAGGUGCCUUACGUCACCUAUGAUGAAGAUUAUCAGGAGCUGAUCGAAGACAUUGUCAGAGAUGGGAGGUUGUACGCCUCCGAAAAUCACCAGGAGAUAUUGAAGGACAAGAAGCUGAUAAAAGCUCUGUUCGAAGUCCUGGCCCAUCCGCAGAAUUACUUCAAGUACACAGCUCAGGAGUCCCGAGAAAUGUUCCCCAAAUCCUUCCUCAGACUCCUCCGUGCCAAGGUGUCUCGAUUUCUCCGGCCUUACAAAUAAAGAGGCGUUCUGGUCUGCA